GUAGCAGCAAGCCCAGCCUUGUUCUCUUGUCUGCGUGCUUUCGCGGCUCGGGAGAAAGGGCUGAGUUUUCCUGGCUCGUGGAGUUCCCGCUGCUCGUCCGGCCAAUUGCAGAUCUGCCCGCCGACCUCCGGCCCCUUGAUCCUGCUUUGGAGAUCGAGUCAUCAUCUCCACAUCGAGGCUGGCGAUGUCCCGCAAUUACUCUGAUACAAGUAACAGAAAAGAACAUGUCAAAAUUACAGCUGACCACCAGCCGGGCUUCUUGGAGCGUCUCAGUGAAACAUCAGGGGGCAUGUUUGUUGGAUUGACAACAUUUUUACUUUCCUUCUACCUGAUCUUUACUAAUGAGGGUCGGGCCUUGAGGACGGCAACUUCUCUGGCUGAGGGUCUCUCGCUUGUGGUUCCCCUUAACACCAUCCACAGUGUGGCCCCAGAAAAUGAGGGAAGAUUGGUGCACUUGAUUGGCUCCCUCCGGACAUCCAAGCUCUUGUCUGAUCCCAACUAUGGAGUCUUUAUCCCUGCUGUGAAAUUGAAACGUCAAGUGGAGAUGUACCAAUGGGUGGAGUCGGAAGAGUCCAGGGAGUACACAGAAGAUGGGCAAGUGAAAACGGAAAGGAGAUACUCCUACAAUACCGAGUGGAAAUCAGAAAUUGUGAACAGCAGGAACUUUGACCGAGAGAUUGGGCAUAAAAAUCCCAGUGCAAUGGCCGUGGAGUCCUUCACAGCUGUUGCUCCUUUUGUCCAGAUUGGCAGGUUCUUCCUUUCUUCUGGUCUUAUCGACAAGAUCGACAACUUCAAGCCACUGAGCCUGGCCCAUAUGGAGGAUCCCCACGUCGACAUCAUCCGACGAGGAGACUACUUCUAUCACAGUGAGAACCCCAAGUAUCCAGAAGUCGGAGAUGUACGGGUUGCAUUUUCCUAUGCAGGCCUGAGUGGUGAUGACCCCAACCUGGGCCCGGCUCAUGUGGUCACUGUGAUUGCUCGCCAGCGUGGAGACCAGUUGGUCUCGUAUACCACCAAGUCUGGGGACACCCUGCUGCUCUUGCACCACGGAGAUUUCACUGCAGAGGAGGUGUUCCAGAAAGAACAUCAAAGCAACACGAUAAAAACCUGGGGUUUUCGAGGUGCUGGCUGGAUGGCCAUGUUUGUGGGCAUCAAUCUCAUGACUCGGAUCCUCUACACCUUGGUGGACUGGUUUCCGCUUUUCCGAGACCUGGUCAACAUCGGCCUGAAAGCCUUUGCCUUUUGUAUCGCCACGUCCCUGACUCUGUUGACAAUUUCUGUUGGCUGGCUCUUUUACCGUCCUCUCUGGGCACUGGCCAUUGGCUUGCUGGCCAUAGUUCCUAUUCUCAUCGCUCGAACCCGGGCCCCAGCAAAAAAACAGGAGUGAAGAACACUCUGGACCGUGCGCUUUCACCUCAGAAUGUUGGAGGAGAAUUUGUCCUAGAGUCGCGUUGCAUCCCUCACCACACCCACGUGCCUGUCGAGUCACCUGCUCCAGCUGGCAGAACAAACGACCUGGACCUGUUGGAAAUUUCACUCUUCUCCUUCCCCCACCCCCCAACUCCUGGCUUAGGGACUCGAACGUCUCUCUAGUAUUUAGGUGAACUGGGGAAUCUUCUCUUUCUUUCUGAUAAGCAGCUUGGGUUGGUGGAAGUGGUUCUUCCUGCUGGUACCACUGACCCUUUUGAACUUCCUUUGUUAAAAGAGUUUUAUUUUUAGGAAGGGAUCACUGCCAGCUAUAAUCUAGAUUCUACCUCUGAUCUUCCUGGGGAGACCUUUUAGCUCCUUUUUUUUUGCUGUAGUUGAUCCAGCUGCAGUGCAGAGGUGAGAACAUCAUAAAAUCCACAGAGAUCCACUAAUAAAAGGUAACUAGUAUUUUUUACUUAGUGGAUUUUGUUCAAAGAUAAGUAGUGUUGGGGAAGCUCCCUUGACUUUCCUCUUAGAUCUGAUAGUGUAGUUCUUGUAUAAGCAACCUUUAGUUAUUUUAGUUUAUAUCCAUUAGGGCUAAACAUUCUUCCUGAAAGAAAAUUACUUGAACUUAUUUAGCUGUGUCACCCUGGGUAAAUCAUUUAGUCCCAAUUGCCUUUAAAAAAAAUUAUUUGCAAAGAAAAAGAAUUUAGGAAUGUUUAACAGUGUUUCCAGUUGUUAGAGAAAACAUGUUUCUUUGUCUCUAGUACAUACAGAAAUCAUGUUCAACUAGGUUUUUGUUUGUUUGGUAAAAAUAUUAUAAGGGGCUCUUGAUUUUCCCUUGUCAGCAUGUACCAUAGAAAAAUUCUUUUGAAACAUUAUUCAAGCAAUUUGCUUUUCUUACAGGAAGGGGAAACAUGACAAUAGGUAGUAGAUGUUAACGCAGGAGAUUCCUAAUCUUUUGAACUGAAUUGAUGAACUUUAAGAAAUAUGUUGGAAAUAUGUGCUUUAAAACUUAAUAGAAAGGCAGCUAGUUGGUGUAGUGGAUAGAGCACCAGCCCUGAAGUCAGGAGGAUCUGACUUCAAAUGUGGCCUUAGACAAUGAAUAUUUCCUAGCUGUGUGACCCUGGGCAAAUCACUUAACUCCAAUUGCCUCAGCAAACACACACACACACACACACAUAUCAAUCAAUCAAUAAAUAAAUAAAAAUAAACACAGACAAAACUUCAUAGAGCUUUUAAAAAGACUGAUGGCACAAUGAGUUAAAAGUGGAACCAAAGAUAGAGCCAUAUUGUUACAAUAUUAGAACUUGAUGGCUAUAGAGGUGCCUGACAGCUCAGUGAUAACACUGGAAAGUGCCUUUUAGCAGAGCUGUAUAUCAUGCUGUUCAAGCCAGUCAGUCUAACUGAUUUGGGAGGUAGAUGAUUAGAUGACUUGGAAAAAUGAAGUUUGUUUUUACCAUUAUAAUAAUUGUAGAAUUGACAAAGCUACUUACUUUAUUGGAAAUGUGCUUCUUGUUUGUCUAUUAUAUUUUCCCACAAGUUAGCUAGUUUUACAGUAAUCCACCCACAUUCUUCCAUUCAACUCACCUAAGCUUAAAUUUCCCAGCCAACCACUCAUAUUGUUUUAAAGAUGGGUGUUGCAACUUGAAAGGUUCUUUGUGCAUCAGUCAGAAUUAGGAUGUGCAAUGGUUGCCUUAGUAGCUAAAUAUUUAGUAGGAGUUGGGUUUGGGGUUGGAUACCAAUGAUACCAUUAAUUCAGAUUCUCCUCUUUAUUAUCUUGGGAGGUGUGUGAGGCUCCUCCCAAAAUAUGAUCCCUUUGUUGUUUAGGGAUGAAAACAAUACUACUAAUUGUUGAAUAAGCAAUGAAUAAAUAGUAUUUUCUCAGUCCUUUAAAUUCUAACCUUAAUGAAAGGUUAUACAUUUUUUCCUUUCUAAUAUGUACAGUGUAACCAGAUUCCAUCUAUAAACAAGAAGAUACUGAUGAUGGGAUUGUUAAACCUUUUCCUAUGUGGAUUUUAAUUCCUGGCAGUUUUUCAAUAUUUAUUCUUGGAAAUGUAAAAUGUUAAUGAAGAAUUAAGUUUUUGGGGAUAAUUCUCUAUGAAUUUUUAUUGGCUGUAUUUUGAUCAAGAUAAAUGGCUGCAGUGUUUUUUGGUACCCAAGACAUCAACAAUUGUUUCUUUUCUCUGUUGUCGUUGCAAUUUCUACCUUGGAGAAUUAAACUGGGGCAUUGAAUAUCUUA